AUUGAUAAAGGCAAAGUACCAUUACAUCCCAUAAUUGAAGAAGAAGAAACCGGUCAAUACAUAACAGAAACUAAAAAAUUAUUCAAAGAAAUCAAAAUUGAACCACUUAUAUCUCUUGAUAUUUCCAACUUACAAA